AAAUAAAUGUGAGAGGGCGAAGCUUCGAGUUCAGCAGGAGGAAGCUGGAAGGACAAAGCAAAGAUCACUUCUGCUGGGGCUGAAAGAGGAAGACUUCAGCAGGUUUCACACACACACACACACACACACAGUUUCCCUUUUAUCAGCAGGGUUUUAGUGUGUGAUGUUGAGCUGCAGCAUCAGUCUCGCCGCCGCUGCUCCCACGCUGCAUCACCAACAUCAGCCCUACUUCCAGCAAAACAAGAUGAACAUCUCCAAUGACUCCACUGCUCCUCCCUAUGAAUAUGAUGAAAAUUACCCUGAUUAUGAACCGUGUUCUUUCAGUAACAACAACAGUUUGAACGUUGUGGUUGGUCCUUACAUUCACUCCAUCAUCUGCAUCCUGGGCUUGGUGGGGAACAGCCUGGUCAUCCUCACCUAUGCCCUCUACAAGAGAACCAAAUCCAUGACUGACGUCUACCUGCUCAAUGUGGCCAUCGCUGACCUGCUGUUCGUGCUGGCUCUACCUUUCAUCGUCUACAACGAGCUGUACUCUUGGCCGAUGGGGCAGGUGGCCUGUAAGCUGCUGCGUGGUUCCUACAGCGUCAACCUGUACAGCGGCAUGCUAAUGUUAGCCUGCAUCAGCACCGACCGCUACAUCGCCAUCGUCCAGGCUCGCCGAAGCUUCAGGUUACGUUCGGUGUCAAACAGUCGCAUUAUCUGUUUCCUGAUCUGGAUCUUUGCCUUACUGGUGUCUGUUCCCACUUUCCAUUUCCACCAUUGGUACGAACCAUCACAUAAUAACAUCAUCUGGCUCAACAGCAACGAACAGGAAGAGACAACAGAUCCACAGUACGUCUGUGAGUUGAAAUUUGAUGACAGCAACAUUGCUAGCAUAGUGAAGGUUGCUGUUCCCAGCACCCAACUGGCCAUUGGCUUCUUCCUGCCGCUAUUCAUCAUGAUCUUCUGCUACACUUCAGUCAUCAUCACCCUGCAGAAAGCUAAAAACUUCCAGAGACACAAAGCUGUCCGAGUGGUGAUGGUGGUGGUGCUGGUCUUCAUCGUCUGCCACUUGCCUUACAACCUGGCCUUGUUCUAUAAGACAGCCAAUUUGUUCAAACACAUUGAUUGUGACGAGGAGGACUCACUGCGUACGGCGAUGUCUGUGCUGCAGAUGGUCGCCUACCUGCACUGCUGCCUGAACCCGCUGCUGUACGCCUUCAUCGGAGUGAAGUUCAGGAACCACUUCAGGAGGAUCUUCCGUGACCUGUGGUGUUUGGGUAAGAGGUACAUCGACCCGCGCCGUUUCUCCAGGGUCACUUCGGACACCUUCAUGUCCACAAUUCGUCGCUCGGUGGAUAGCUCCAGUGAAAACGGCACGUCUUUUACCAUGUGAUCAGAUUGAGGCCUGCAGGUCUCUAAAAUUCAAACUUGAGUCUUGUUUUUUACGCUAAAGCUAAUUUUAGCCACAAUGUGAUGAAUUUAGACAGAGAAAACAGAACAUGACAAACUCCUUAGGUUUGUUGUGUUGAUUGUUGCUCUGCUGCCGUUAGGAUCUUGGCAUAUUAGGCAUAAUGAUGUCUAAAGGUAAAACUAACCAAAUUUAAUUGGAAAGAAGAAGAAAAGUCCAGAUUUUCUUCUGUCUGCAGGAGUUUGGUUAAAAAGAGAAAAAUGUCCUGACAGCUGAUUCCUGUGUCUGUUUGUGGUUCAGUCUUUGAUGCACCAACUUUGAUUCUCAAUGUUUCUAUUUAGGAUAAAUUUGGACAAGACAAAAAAUUGUUCUGGAUUUUCCAGUGAUUUGAGACGAUGGUUUGUGUCCACCACCCUGUUAAAAGGCAACGUUAAACAUUUUAUGUGACAAAUAUCUGUAGCUUAUUGGAAAACCAAUAAAUUAGAUACAAUCCAUUAUUUUUAUCAUCUUAAACUAAUACUUUGUUCAAACACCUUUAGGUCAAAGUUCAGCGUUUCUGUAGGAGUUUAUCUGCAUCUUGACUUAUCUUUUUUUAAAAGUCAAAUCUUUUUAUCUGUGAGGCCAGCCACUGCAUUUUCUGGAUUACCCCAGAAAUUUAGUUCUAGACUUUGACUAGGACUGCAGUCUGAAACCUUUGCAUCCAUAGAGCCACUUUUAUCCUCAGUUUAUCUAAAUAAACUCAUUAAAAAAGAAAGCAAAUGAUGAUUUAUGAUGAACAUGUCCAGGAAAGGUGUCAUUUAUAAAGAAGCACUAUUAUAUUUCUGUAAUAAGGAUUUACAUAAAAUAUAAACAGAGGAUGUUUCGCUGAUAUUUGUGAAAAGUUAUUUAAAAAGCAGGUAAUUUCCCACUUAAUGAGAAAAUAUGGAUCUAAAAAUAAUAUUUCUGGUACUUUGGUUUCAAUGUAAUUAUUCCUUGGAAAGUUGGAAAAACUCUGAAACCUCCAUUUUAUAAUCUGUAUAUUGUUAUAUUGAACAAUAUUAGUUAUUGAGACGAAGUUAAGAAUCCUUGUGGUUCAUUGCUGCAGAUUCUCAGGUAAAGACAUUCCAGAACUUUAACUUCGUUUUGUUAAUUUCCAAAUACGAUUGGAUUCACUAUGACACAGAACCACCGAGGUAACCCCAGAGCCUGAUGCUGCCACCACCAUGCUCCACUGGGGAGUUGUGACCCAAAAGUCCAGAUUUUCAGAUCAGAACAGAGCACAUCCUUGUAAGGUUUAGGGUUACAGAUUUAGCCUCUAAAACUGUUACAUUUUUCAAACUCUUUGGAAAAUGUUAAUCAAAAUACAAAUUGUAGUUAAAUGUUUUUUACUGACUUGGAGAUUUUUUUCCGUUUUUUUUUUUUGUACAUUUUUUGGACUUGUGUAACCUGAGGAUGUUAAAUAUAGAGACGUUAUUUCUCAGAAGGAAGCAGCUCUAGUUGUUUUUUAUCUCCUUCGAUCUUCCAGCUUUUCUCUGCUCAAACUUAAUCAGCUUUUAAGGAUUAAACUCUGAAACCUUUGCCAGCUUUGAGGCUUUUAUUUUGUUGCUUUGAGCUGAAAGAGUCUUCCUGUCAUACUUUAGGCAACGUUAAUGUGUGUGAAUGUUGUAGCUGAUAUAAAAUCUGUAUUUUGGGGUAUUUUUGUGUCAAAAUAAAUAUUUUUUUUUAACAUAAAGUUGUUUGUUGUGGAUUUCU